GAGAGAGGAGAGAGAGAGAGAGAGAGAGAGAGAGAGAGAGAGAGCAGCCCGCCGGCCCAUUGAGGAAAGAUGGCUACAGUCACUGCAAACGGAGUGCAGCAAGAGAAUGGAUUCAGCACCACGAACAGCGCCGGCAGGAUGAACGGGCUUACCAUCGGCCAGAACACCAUUCCAAUGAAGGACCACGACGCCAUCAAGCUUUUCAUCGGGCAGAUUCCCAGAAACCUGGAGGAAAAAGACCUGAAACCCCUGUUUGAGGAAUUCGGAAAGAUAUACGAACUCACUGUACUGAAAGACAGGUUUACGGGAAUGCAUAAAGGAUGUGCCUUUCUAACAUACUGUGCCAGAGAGUCAGCACUGAAGGCCCAGAGCGCCCUCCAUGAACAGAAGACUCUGCCAGGGAUGAACCGGCCCAUCCAGGUGAAGCCAGCCGACAGCGAAGGACGAGGAGAAGACAGGAAGCUGUUUGUGGGAAUGCUCGGCAAGCAGCAGAGUGAGGAUGACGUCCGGCGGCUGUUCGAGACCUUCGGCCAGAUCGAGGAGUGCACCGUCCUGCGAGGGCCUGAUGGGGCCAGUAAGGGCUGUGCCUUUGUGAAGUUUUCCAGCCAUGCAGAAGCGCAGGCCGCCAUCAACAGCUUGCAUGGUGGACAGACUAUGCCAGGUGCCUCGUCCAGUCUGGUGGUCAAGUUUGCUGACACUGAUAAGGAGAGGACCCUGCGUAGGAUGCACCAGAUGGCGGGCCAGCUCGGCAUCUUCAGUCCCAUGACCAUCCAGUUUGGGGCCUAUGGCGCCUACUCUCAUGCUGUAAGUCUCAGCCCGGCGGGGGAGGAGACGCAGAUGAUGCAACAGCAAGCAGCCCUGAUGGCAGCGACACAAGGGUCCUACCUGAACCCCAUGGCAGCCAUCGCUGCCGCGCAAAUGCAGCAAAUGGCAGCUUUCAAUGUCAACGGCCUGGUUGCUACUCCCAUGACACCGUCCUCAGGCACCAGCACACCCCCAGGCAUCUCUGCCACAGCAGUGCCCAGCAUAGCCACCCCAAUCGGGGUCAACGGAUUCAGUGCCCUCCCGCCUCAAAGCAACGGGCAGCCCACCUCUGAGCCCAUCUACACCAAUGGUAUUCAUCCUUACCCAGCACAGAGUCCAACGGUGACCGACCCUCUCCAACAGGCUUAUGCUGGCGUCCAACACUACGCAGCAGCCUACCCUGCCGCCUAUGCGCCAAUCAGCCAAGCGUUCCCCCAGCAACCAACCAUCAUUCCCCAGCAACAGAGGGAAGGGCCAGAAGGUUGCAACCUGUUUAUUUAUCACCUGCCCCAGGAGUUCGGAGAUGCGGAGCUCAUGCAAAUGUUCCUACCUUUUGGCAACGUCAUCUCCGCUAAAGUCUUUGUGGACCGAGCGACCAAUCAGAGCAAAUGUUUCGGUUUUGUGAGUUUUGAUAACCCGUCCAGUGCUCAAGCCGCUAUCCAGGCCAUGAACGGGUUUCAGAUAGGCAUGAAGAGGCUGAAGGUGCAGCUAAAGCGGCCAAAGGAUGCCAACCGACCUUACUGACUCGACUGCUGUCCAUACCCAGGAUGAAGGGCCACAACACCUUAUUUCCACAAGUGCAGUAAAAGUACAAAGACUUCUUGCUCUGCUACAUAUCAUGAAGGAAGGGUGGUCCCUUGAUCCUGCUGGAAACCCGCUGAAAGAUUGGGUGACUGAGAGAAGGAUCCCAGAGUUGUUCUUUAUUUUAUUUUAUUUUUAUGUUAUUUUAUUUUUUUCUUUCUUCGCAAAUGCCUCUUUUUUCCCUGUUUUGCUUUGGCGUCUGUGGAAGAAGAUUUUUUGCAGAGACCAACUUUUUGCUGCUGUUUUUUAGACAUGAUGGGAAAAAAAAACCUUUAUAGACUCAUUAUGCUCAAAGCAUGCAUACUGACACAGGAUAUAGAUAAACACACAUUAACACAGAUAACAAACCAAACAUACACAUUUAAAGAUGCUACACCGAAAAAAAAAAAGAAAAAUGAAAAAAAAAUCUACUUUGUACAUGUAUAAAUACGUGCAAAUGCCAACUCAAGUACUGAAGCGAACACACACAUACACACAAACACACACACCAGCCUGCUGCCAUUUUGGUUUUUGUGCCUACACAGGUGUUGUGCUCUGUGACAGGGCAAGCUCUGGAUCGAAGAAGAAAACGAGGAGAAGGAGAAGAAAAAGAAGAAGAAGAAGAGGAGAGAAGAGAAGAGGAGAAUCCAGGAUAAUUUACAUGCAUCAUUCCUUAGGAAAUAGGGACCAAAGGACUAAACGCUUUUUAAAAGAAUAUAAAUAUAUAAAUAUAUAAAUAUAUAUUUAAAAACUCAUACCUUGUAGCUGCAAGUAUUACAAUUUACUCGUAGUAAAAAAAAAAAUCAUUAAAUCAAUAUCCAGUGGCCUACUGUAAGUACGAAUAAAAGAAAAUGGAAAUAAUGUAUAAAAAAAAGACAUGGAAUCGUAGUAUAGGGGCUGAUCUUUUGCUCUGGAUGCUGAUUUAGCACCAGGUUGUAGAAUAGUAAAGUAGACUAGAAAAAAAUGUAGAUUUGCUAACUUUUGCUGUUGUUUAAAAAAAUACUUGAAGUCGUAAUGAAAAGGGGGCAAAAGGGAGGGAAAAAAAGGAAACAUUCAUCUGCCCCUGUAAGCAACGAGUCUCUUUUUCUUGGGUGUUAAGGUAUCAGCCACUGGAUAUCUCUCGCUCAUCAUGAUGUGUCACUGCACUCUCUGACAGCUACGAACAGACUGUUCUGGAUGGAAGAAAAAGAAUGACAAGAGAAAAAAAAAAAGACUGAACUUACUAAUGUCUGUGCUGGACAGGGUGCAGACAUUUAAGGCUUCCCACUGGCCUUUGUGUUCAAGCGACAAUCCACUGUAAAGACCAAGCAAAAUGGACAUGGGGUGUCUUUUGUUUUAUUCCCUUUUUUUUCCUUGACCUUUUGUAUUGCAACAUGGAGUGUGAAUUAUGAAGCCACAAAUUGUUAAAAAGAAAGGGUUCUAUAAAGAGAGAUGGACAAAUGGAUGGUCAUGAGGGGAGAAAAAAAAAAAAGGAUGAGGAGUAGGGCGACAGCUACUGAAACUGCCAGCAGAAUGACCUCAGUAAUGAGUUGGCCCUUAUGGCAUUUGAAUUCCCCUUAAAAAACAAAGUAUGGCCACUGUAAACAGCUGGGACUUACAUAAGCGACAUGCCAAGGAUGUGUGUGUCCACCGGAGCUGCUGCAAAGCUCCCAAGUUGAGAAAAAUUGCACCUUGUCUCUUGGCAGAUACAAACAAACAUUUUUCUGAAGACAAACUCAAUUUACUGUAUCGAAGGCAAGGGAGUGCAGGCUUUUAGAGUUCAUCUAGGUCUGUCAAGUAUAAUGUAAAUUCCACUGUUAACAUGUUCCCUGACCUGCUUUCCUCAUAUAUUAUACAUAGAGCCUAUGGAGAAAAAAAACAUACCACUUAAACAGACUAUAUCUAAAUUUGAUCUAACAGUCACUCUUAACCAUCAUUCAGCUCUCCUGUAGCCUCUCUGACACUGACGCCAGACAGGACAAGAGUGAAGCACUCCAAAACUGUCAUGUCUUGAUUUAGAGUCCUGUAGCCUUUAUUUGGACUGUUUUAGAGCUCUGAAUGCAGGCUCUUUCUCUAAAAAUAGAUCAGUAUGUUUGGAAUGAGUCUAGAGGGAGGAGCAAUGGUGUUUCAGUCACCCUGAACACUUCCCAGUUUUCUCUGCUGAACACCAGCUCACAUCCACACACCAGCCCUUUGAACACCAACAGCUGGCAGUAAGAGGCCUGGGCUAGGCAAGAAGGAGAGAAGGAGGGGGGUGAAGAGAGGAAGUCAACAACCAAACAUCACAUCAAGAUCCUUUAAACUGAUGCUUCAAGGAUGACGCCCAAUAGUUUAAUCGAUAAAAUUAGAUGCUAUAAUCACACCCCUGGUGACAAACACUAUGUAUUUGUGCUAUAUGCUUUCAAAUAAUGAGAUUGCAUAGGACUGGAGCUUGGUACCUUAAGCUCCAGUCCAGCCUGUUUCUUUUUACUGCUGAGACUCCUCUCUUUGCCGUUCCUUCCCUCUUUCUCUCUUAAAACAGAAAAGCAGACCGGACCUAUUGCAAAUCACUGAAGGAGGGACUGAUAAAAUAUGCCAGCAGAUUCCAGAUUCUUUAACGUACUGCCACUGUUUGCCAUUUAAAUAAGCGGAAGGUCUUGAUUCAAGCCCUUGAUAUUAGCGAUGCCAUGUGCCCCCUCUCUUUCCCCCUGUCCUGAGAGCAGCCAUGCCUUUCAAGACCACAGCCCAACUGUUCAGUGGCUCACACCUCCGAACAGCAUUUUUCGAACCUGGCUAAUGUCUGUGCUCGCUACCCUUCAAUUAUCUCCCACACCGUAUUAGACAUGCUAUUUCACCUUUCCUUCUAAUCACACUAUAAUCACCAGCCUCUAUACAUUAGCAGCAACCAAGUGAAAAAUCACCGGGAUAAUCACUUGGACCAAAUGACGGGAGAGAUGGUCCCCUGCAUGCACAUGGAUGACAGAAGGAAGAUUAGAGAGAAUUAUGUUUGUGCCUACUCCCUGGCAAGGCUGCUGACAGCUGACCUGGCACCAAUAAUACUGCCAAAUUUACCCGAAGAGGCGAAGGAGAAUGUGGGAUAAAACUUUCCUUAUCAUAGUGAGGUGUUAACAUUCAGAGUACCGUUACCGAAAAUUAAAAGAGAAAGGUGGAUGGUAAAAUGUAUAGAGACCUUUUUUUGUUUUUUCUUUAACCACAAAUGUUGCAGCAAUAGUUGCCUGAAAUUGGGUCAAAACCAACAACUUUACUGGAAAUCCUCAAUUUUGUAGAAGCAGCUGCUGAGAGGACUACGUUAUUGUGUACUCCUCUUUCAGCACAUAAUUGUGUCUCAACAGUCUCCACACAAGCUGCCUUUUUUUUUUUUUACAAAAUAACUUCUUUCACACUUCUUUCUUUUUCUUGCUUGUAUCCCUGCUGGGACACCUGCAAAGCACAGUAUUGCUGAAAGAAUAUUUGUCAAGCACAGUAGUUCUUCAGAUUCAAAAUGAUGCCCAUCAAAAUGACAGCUUUUUAAAAAUUGCCUUCAAAUACAUGUGAGGUUAAAAAAAACAAAUAAAACAAACCAACCAACCCAGCCCUCCUUCCUCAGCCCUCAGUCGGACAUUAAAUGCAGGAAGCUUCAUGAAUUAAUGUGAAGUAGGUCAAAACAAAGCCAUGUUCUGCAAGCUGUUUGUGCUCAUUAUUCGUGUGAAGUUGGACAACUCGAUGGCAAAUCUAAUGUUCCAUGAGCAAUGAAAUUUCCUGUCCUCGUCUAGGCCAGCUCUAGAGUGCGGUCUGCAUGUGAGGCUCCGUCAGGCUGAACAUGAAGCUUGUACGCCUGCUCUACUGAUCUCCUCUGUCUUUUACCAGAUUCUGUGCUAGUUCCCACUGCUAAUAGGCAGGUUGAGUCCCCAGUGAGCCAAAAUCCAGCCUAGCCUAGUAUCCUGCUGUCUGCUUGGCUAAUCAGUGCAGUGUUCAUGUAGCAUCUCUGCUAUGCCAGAGCUAAAUUAGGCAAUGUGAAAUCAGCAUUUCAACACUUUUAACAAGGGUGCUCUUAUUACUUUUACACCCCAGGGAGGAUGCUACUGAAGUGACGUGCAUUAAAAAAAAAAAAAAAAAAGCUGUGAAACAGGCUGUGGAACUACCAAAACAGGGAAAAAAGUUGUUUUUAGAUCUUCUCACUCCCUCCUUUACUGACAUGAGUCUCUGCCUGCCCUGCUCCCAGCCUGUCUGGUCUGGUUUGUAGUCCAGGCUAUGUUUCACCUCUAAGAGCAAUGACAAAUGUCAACCCAGCAGUAACUCACCAAGCUGUUGCCAAACUGUUAUUUGAUAUUUGCCCUCAAAUUUACAAAGAGAAAAUGUAACUUGGCAUUUUACCCCUAGGACAUUAGUAUGAAUAUAAUUAAUUGUGAGAAUAUGGCUGAAAGCAGCAAAAGGUAUACACAAGAAUAGUGAGUUCUUUUUCAAUAAGCAUUCAGACCACUUGCUCCUCUGCCACUGAUGCAUGUAUCCACUCUGACCUUGUAUCAUUAAAUUAAAAAUUAGGGGGGAUAUAUACUGUGCAUAGUACACGCAUUUCCAUACUUGCCACCACACACACUACUCACAAGGUCAGUCCUCAAGAGGAGCAUGUAUCCUUAAAGUGCUCCAGCCAAUGGCAGGGCCGAGCAGAGAACUGCUAGAGCAUGUCUACGAAUCUCCAACCCCCUGGGUGCAUAACACUCACCCUAAAAUAGCAGUGAUUGUCAAGGAAAGGAAGUGAAAUGUAAUUGACUGAAAGUGGAGAGAUAAUUAAAAGGAACCUGUUGGACAGGAGGGAAGAAAUUAAUGCCUCUCAUUUAAUAGCUGCUUUGGGAGAGAGCUUUUCCGUCAUCUCACUCUAGCGCAGAAAGGGUUUUGCUGUGGAAAUGGGAUUUUGUAUGGAAAAAAGGUGGAGGUGGAAAUAGGCACUGGAUGGUGGGGGUGCUGCGUGCUAAACUGAAACUCCACAAAAUCACUCCCAAUACUCAGGGCAUCAGGCGCUAUGAUGUCAUGAUUAGUGGAGAGGUUCAGAGCCUUUGCCUUACCCCUGAUCCUGAAGGAGGUCAAGCAGAAUCACAAAUACAAGGUCAGCGGGAGCUGUAAGAUCGCAUCCCAUCGCAGGGAGCGCUGAGCCAGCAGAAGGGCUGAUGAACCACCUAAAUCGUGCUUUGGAUUUACAGUUUCAAUAUCAAAUUCCGAGAGUAACAGACAAACAAAAAAAAAAGAUGCCAUCGUCCACCUAACAACGCACAGUGAAUCGCUGGAGGUGUGCAAUUAUGUUUAACAACAUGGCUGAGAGUAAUGAAGACAAAGACUUUUUUUAUUCCUUAAUGUAAAUAGCCUAUAAAAUACAAAAACAGAGGAAGGUUGUAUAGCAGCUUGUGUUGAGAAGCCCAACUCUGUGGGACAAUGAUGUCACUAUAAAAUGUAUCCACAGCAGUGCAGGGAUCUAGGAGAGUUUUAGUCCUUUUAAGCCCCUUAAGUUUGGGCUGUGAACAUGCAUCCUACAACCCUAAGCGUCGGACCACGGCUUAGAGAGUAUUUGACUUAGUGUCAAACCUAAGCCACAGCCCUGAAGUGAUCCGUUAAUUAAGAUUCUGUGUACACCGACAUGUCAUGAUUUUUCUGACAGAAGAAGGAUCGCCUGUGCGGUAAUUGGAUUAGUCCAAUUGGGGCUGAUGAACAGAUACGACAGUGACAGUAGAGUUCAUCCAUCUGCAUGCUUACUGCUUGACAGUGCGACAAAAAAAGCAUCAGCCACCACCACACUUUUUCACAUUCUUUGGAAAGUGAAAGUUUGGGCUUUAAGACGUUUAAAGAAGCUAGUUUUACAAAAUUAAACUCGAGGUAACAGUUUGUUCAACGUGUACAUAAUUCAUUUUGGAAUCAAACAUUUAAUACAUAUGGUUGAAAUCACACAUACAUGGUUAGGCCGAGAUUGGAAGAAGGGGACAAACAAGACAGCAGUUAUUAUAGAACCCAGCAGAACCCCCUGCCUGCUUGACCCAAUCUGCCACUGCUCUCCUGACCACACAGCUGCGUUACUUCUGUACAUACAAUAUAGCUUAUUUUUCAAUUCUGUUGAACCUUCUUUAUAGGCCGUACAAUAGAUCAUGUUCAAACAUUUUAAAAAAAUUAAAAGAAUAGUUAAUAUAUUUCAGUGAAACUAAGAGAAGGAACCUAUGAAAUAAUUUAUCAAAAACAGAAGAUAAAAAUGAUUUUAUUUCUUGUAUAGUGAAGCACUGAUGUUCAAAAAUGGGAUUUUAUACUCAUGUUGGUAAAUGGUUCUUUAGUUUCUCUCUUUUGUUUUGUUGUUAUCGGCUGAAGCUGGGAUAGACCCAUUGUCAUGAGGUUUAUUCGGAUAUGCUUUGAUCAUUUUUCUUUUUUCUUUAUUUUUUUUCUUUUUUCUUUUUUGGGCUGCACAAUCCCUGUAUGGAAUCCCUGGUGGACGGGCAAGUUCAAAGAGAUUUUGCCACUGAAAGCUCUUAAAUCAAUACAAAAAUUAACAAACUGCACUGUAAAAGGAUGAUUGAUGGUACUGGUCAUGUGGAUUCAGAAAAAAAUGAGUCCAUUGCACAACUGAGUUCAAAUGAAUCAGCAUUGCAUGUUCAAAAAGAAUCUCAUCUGAGGCCUUUAGUUGUUUUGAGAAAAGAGAAAAAAGACAAAAAAAUAUCAAACUUUGCAGCCAGAUUGGUUUUGAGACCUAUGCUGUCAUAUCUCAUUGUCUUUAAGCCAUUGAUGAAUUCCUAUAAUGUUUCUCUCUUUGUGUAAUUGUGUUUUUUCCUUUCUUCUUUUUUCUUUGCUUGUUUUGAAGGGUUGGUGGUAAUCAUUGACAUAUAUUUGAUUUUCAUCUUCUCUGUUCUUACCUAUGGGACGUUUCUUCCACAGUUUGCUAUCUAAUGUGAGUUCAUAAACAGAAAACAUUGUACCAACAGUAGGUAGCACCACAUUGCUUUGCUCCAGUCAGGUUGAUUUGUUAAUCUGAGGAGGGAAUUCUGCCUUAAACCCAGCCUGUUCUCUCUGACAGUACUACCUGUGAACAGUUGUCGGACACACUGUAUUCUGGGGAUGCCAAAUGCUCUAUCUUCAAAGGUCAAAAAUCUAUUGUAAAAGACAAACACUUUGCCAGAGUCAGUUUUGCCUCAACCCAUUCUGACACAAAUGAGGAUGUGGUCAUCCACCUCCAUUUCCAUUGGUUACAAGGACCAAAAUGUAAACAAACUCAGCUAACUGAGCAGUUUGCUCCAAUCAAGCAUUCAAUAAGAGCCUUUAAAGAAUUCACAUUUAGUCAUAGGUAAUUUUGCAUCAUUGAUCUUUGUAUCAUGAAUCAUUACAUUCCCAGCUUCACUAUCUAAUUUCAUCCUCUUCAUUUGUUCUCAUGCAAAAUUAAUUUAUCAUAAUAUAUUUAGGUAUUUAUAUCCACAAUGAAUGGAAUAAUCAUGCCCUUUAUUAUUUGACUUGAACAAACUGAGUUACUGUUUUCUUUUUGUUUGAAACAGAGAUGUAAUUUGAAUUAGCGUUGGCUCGGGUCCCUGAUUCGGGGUGAUAUCUCCCAUAGUGCUCCUGAACUCUGUAGUUCUCUAGUUCAUUAUAUUCUGCUUAGACUAAAAUAAAGCACAGUCCUGUAGAAGAUU